UCUCUUCUUCUCUCUCUCUCUCUCUCUCUCUCUCUCUCUUUCUCUCUCUUUCUCUCUCCUUGCCUCUCGCCCUCUCAGCACCAAGCCAUCAUCCUCUUCCAUCAUGUCAUCGCCAGUCUCCAAGAGUUCCUCCCCAGCCCCACGAUCUGGCAGCCCGAAUGCCGCCGCCGCUGGUACGGCCGCCAACUCUGGCGCCAAAAAGUCGGGCAGCAACACGCUCAACUACUCGCAAGCGGUGGGCAAGAGCGCCUCCGCCUCUGCCUCUGCCUCUGCCUCUGCCUCUGCCAACGGACCAUCGAAGGCGACAGGUGGGGCGGCUGGCCCCAAGAGCGGCGUCGCAUCUCCCAAGCCAUCCACUCCUGUCAACGACGCCGCGCCGCCUGUUGAUCGCAUUGCCCACUUUUCGAGCUGCCUGACCGGUCUUCCUGUCUACGUCCGUACCAAGACCCAGAUCUACUACGGUGUGCUUGUCUCCACGACUUCCGAAAAGGCUGGCCUUGCCGUGUCGCUUCGCGCCGCCCGCACAGUCCCCACUGUUCCCGCGAACGGUGCUCAGCCCACUCCCCCGUCGACGCGUCCUACCCUUGUGACCAAGCUUGAUAUUCCCGCCGCUGAUUUUGUCGAACUGUUUGUGGCAGACAUUGACCUGUCGUAUGCGCAUCGCGGCCCCGUUGUCUCGGGCAAGUUCCAAACCGACACGGAGAUUAGCGGUGAUCUGAAGCGCACCGAUAAACAGUGGGUCGCCUGGUCUGGCGGCGACGACAAGACUGGCGGGCUCGAAUCGAUGGGCAAUGCCACCUCCUGGGACGCGAACGAAAUGUUCCGAACCAACGAGAGCCUCUACGGUGUCAAGACCGACUUCAAGGAGGAGCUGUACACGGUCCCCUUGCCGAAGCAUGUCACGUCCGAGAUGCGUGAGUUUGCCGAGCAGAAGGAGCGCGAGAUCCUGGGUUCGACCGCCACUACCACUGCACAGCGCGAGGAUCGCAACCAGUUGUUUGCAAACGAGAGCGAUGAAGCAACCUUGUACUCGGAUGUCAAGCGAGCCGACCCGGCUGACAAGUCGCGCAAGUCUGGCGACACUGAUCGUUACCGUCCGCCGGCGCUGCGAGCAGGCUCUCCUUCGCAGCAAAGCAAGCCCUCCUCACCACAAGCUGCCGCUGAUGCUGAGGUGCCCAAAUCGGUGUCACCCUCGGCAGGCGCCGCAUCAGACAAGGCGCCUGCGCCAGCUGCCGAUGCCACUGUGCCCGCACCCGCCGCUACUUCUGCUUCCACAGCCUCGUCCACUCCAGCGGCCACAGCAGCCUCCACCGAUGACGCCGGUGCUGCAAAGUCCACGACUGCAGCUGCCACAGACAAGCCAAAGUCCAAGCUCAAUCCCAAAGCUCCAGCCUUCAAGUUCAACCCAGAGGCGGCAGUGUUCACGCCAGGUGGCGACGCAUCCGUCCCUGCACCACAGCACCAGCAGCACCAUUCUCACCACCAGCACCAGUCUCACCAUCACCAGCAACACCACCACGGUCACCAUCAUGGUCAGCACCAUCACAACCAAGGCAACUUUGGCCAUCACCAGCAGCAGCAGCAGCAGCAGCAUGGACCACACCAUCUUCAGCAACAGAUGGGCAUGCCGUUCUUGCCUCCGAUGCCCGGUAUGCACGUCCCGUUCAUGGGACCAGCCAUGCAGCCGUUUGCUCUGCAGCCCGAUCCAAACCUGAUGUAUCCCGGCGACUUUGCGCCAAAUCUUGUCAUGCCGUUCGGACCAAACAUGGUUUUCCCGGGUGGCUUCCCCCAAGGCUAUGAUCCGAUGCAUCACAUGAUGCUCAUGCAGGGCAAUAUUCCAAUGAUGCCAGGCAUGCGUCCAAUGCAACUGGACGGGCAACCGCUGAUGGACGGCUCCAAUUCGCCAUCGUCCCCUUCAGCACCCUCCCGGCGUGCUCACAGCGGCCCUGGCGCCUCCACUGACAAGCCUGGUGCCAACAAGGCCUAAGCCGUCGUUUUGGGGCCCCCCUUGACCCCGGUUUUUGUGUUUUUUGUGCAAGUGGUUUUCGCUUUUUGUAUUUUUACUCUUUUUCAAUCAUACCCCCAUUAGCCCCCCC